CAACAACAAAAAUUCAUACAAACUUCUACGGGCAGGUAUUUUGCACAGAAACCUGAAGUCGGCAUUCGUACGAGUACCUCGCGGCGCAAAGAAAUACCUUUGCCUUCAAUCAAGCUUAAUUGUUCUUGUAAAUUGCAUUAAACAGUAACUGCGUUAACAAUUUCGCUUUACUGCUGCCGAUGACGAUUUCACUCUGCGUUUGCUAACUACAUACAAGCAAUUUGCAGGUUGCGUAUCCGCCACAGCGCACUCUAACGCAAUCACUUGGCUUUGUGUGCAAGCCCAACAAUGGCUUUGCAUGUACAACAAACAAUAUUGCACAGACAAUUUAGCAGCACAAGUAUUUCACAUCCACCUUCUUUCUCCUCGAACCGUCGUCAACCACAGCGCACCUUUGUAGCUACUGUGUGUGACACGCAAAAAACUUUAACAACAGCUACGUACACUGUGGCUGCGAACAAAAGUUCAAAAUUUUUUAUGUUUUGUUUGUCACUUGUCAAGUGCGGCAAAAAAUCUAAACAGCAAACAAGAUUUUCAAUUAGGCGUAAUAUUAAUUUUCGUUUGGUCAUUCAAUGGCUUCCAUUAUCAAACGCGUCAUACCCACUUUGGAUCGAAUUUUGGUGCGACGCGCAGAGGCGGCUAAUGUCAGCAAAGGCGGCAUUGUGCUCACCGAGAAGGGCAUGGAGCGCAUGGUGGAGGGUACGGUGAUUGCGGUUGGUCCCGGUGCGCGCAACCCACAAAGUGGCAAUUACAUACCGAUUGGUAUGAAGGAGGGUGAUCGUGUGUUGCUGCCGAAGUAUGGCGGCACUCGAGUCGAGAUGCAGGAUAAAAAGGAGUAUGUGCUUUAUCGCGAAGCAGAUAUACUGGCCAAGUUGGAGUAGCCAGAGUGCGUAAUAAUGCGUAGAUCAAUAGCACGUUAAUUAUGGAGCGGAGAGAGUAUGUGUAAUUUGUUUUAAGAUUUCACGAAGGAAUAAUUUCUUCCGAAUGUUG